AUGUCUUGUAAACAUGAAUUUGAAAGAGGUGAGUUCUUUGGUGACACCUAUCUCAAUCUUUUAUUUACUCAAAUCUUGGAUAUUGCUAUUCCAAAGAAAUGUUUUACACCUGGUUUGGGAACAUUUAUAAUUAAUUGUGGAGCCAAUAAUGCAUUGCUGGCCAAAUUGUUUGACACUAUCAAUGUGGUAGGAUUGAUGGAUCCAAGAGAGGUCAAUAACAAUGGAGGAACCAAGUACAAGGCCGAUAUAGUAGAGUCGAUCAUCUCACAACUCUACGAGUCAAGACAUACCAACCAAUCGUCAAUGCGUGUACUUUCAAGUAUCGUAUUCACUCUGUUCCAAUGCUCAUGUUAUGUACUUGAUAUACAAGUAGAGAUUACUGCUCAAGUCAUUGCUAGUAUCACUAAUCAGGGACACCAGAGAGACUACAGCAAUCCAUUGCCACCACCACCACCACCACCAACUCUAUCAUCGUCAUCAUCACUCGUAGUAGUAGAUACAUCAAUCGAUAUCUAUCCACCACCACCACCACCACCAACAAAGACAGAUUCCCAUUCAGUUGCCAUUUCCAUUCCAAUCAAACCUUCACCACUACCAGUUGCCAAGGUACCAGUCUGUAGUCCAAGGAUUCUUUGCUUUUAG